UUCCAACUUCGACCAAAUUUGUCUUUCAACAUUUGUCAUUUAUUCGCUUGAAAGAACAACAGAACGUCUUUGUUCCAACAUUAGACUACCUUUGAGGAAACAUUUGAUAGCCUUUUAGUUGUGUUGUUUCUUGGAGGCAUUCAGGGAGAGCGCCUUGUAUCAUUACUGUUCCUUACAGGACCUUCAGCAAUCCAUUCAAGCCAACAAGUUUGGAGAGCGUGUUGAGUUUAAUCAAUUCAGAACGUCGAGAUGGAGCCUAACUCACUCAAGUGGGUAGGCUCAUCUUGCGGUUUACACGGACCAUAUAUAUUCUACAAGGCGUAUAAAUUUCACCGGGACGGUAAACCAAGGAUUCUGUCCCUCGGAGACUUUUUUUUCGUGAGAUGUAAACCUGGGGAUCCGAUUUGCAUAGCGGAGCUACAGCUGUUGUGGGAGGAAAGAACUACUAAGCAACUUUUAUCAAGCUCAAAACUUUAUUUCUUACCAGAAGAUACUCCAUUGGGAAGGACAGUUAGCCAUGGAGAGCACGAGGUAAUUGCAGUUUCGGAGAAGGUGAUUGUUCGUUUGGAGGACCUGGUGAAGUGGACGGUGCCAGAGUUUUCAGGAUGGGCUCAUGGACUGCAGGCAGCACAGCUGAAGCCCUCUGUUCUGAGGGAGCUGGGCACCAACGGGCGCAGAGAGGCCCUUCACAGAUACAGGGAGAGCACCUUCACCAGUGGCCUAAACUUCAGAGACAUCCAGAGGGAGAGGGCUUUGCUGGGCCAGGAAGAUGACGGCAGGAAGGUACUGGUGCUGAGCUACCCUCAGUACUGUCGUUACCGCUCAGUCCUGGCACGACUCAGAGAGCAGCCAUCAGCCCUGCUGAUGGACCACACUGUACUGGCUUUGGGGGGCAUUGCAUCUCUACACAGCAUCACACGCAUCCUCUACUGCAGGGACACCUUUGAACACCCCACGCUGCUGCAGAAUGAGAGCAUCUGUGACAAGUUCGCCCCUAACCUGAAGGGUCGGCCAAGGAAAAAGCUGUCAGCGUCCCAGCGAAGGGACUCCCAAGGCCACAGUCAGGGGCCUCAGGGACCCCAAGAACCCAGCAUUCCAGAGAACCAGUCUCCCACAAAGGUAAAACCUAACUGCAAGGGCGCGUUUCAUACCAGCAAGGGGACAACGACCAAGCCUAGGAUCUGUAAAAAGGCAUUGGUUGAGGAAAAGGUUGACAUAGAAGAGAAGGAGAAGAAGGAGAAAGAGAAGAAGGAAUCCUUAGAGGAGGAUCAAGCAGACGAGCAGGCCUUCUUAGAAGCCCUAUACAAGUACAUGAAGGAGAGGGAUACGCCUAUCGAGAGGAUCCCUUUCCUGGGGUUUAAGCAGAUAAACCUUUGGACUAUGUUUCAAGCUGCUCAGAAACUCGGAGGAUAUGAGAUGAUCACAGUUCGCAGACAGUGGAAAAAUGUAUAUGAUGAGCUAGGCGGUAAUCCUGGAAGCACAAGUGCCGCCACGUGUACACGACGACACUAUGAGAGGCUCCUCCUACCUUACGAGAGACAUGCCAAAGGAGAGAAAGACAAAUCCUCCCUGUCCGCAAAAACCCCCAAACUGGAGUAUGGGGCCGUAGAGGUGGGUGCUAAACCCAAAGGGAUCACAACAAGACAACCCAAAGGUGGACUAAACCAAAAGCAGGUGGUCAGAAAGGACAGGGACAACACAGCAGAAGGCCAGGAACUCUCACAGGUGUCUGAGAAGCACCAGGAGCCUGUAACCGUGCGGGACACUCUGCCCAGAGGAGAGCCCGAAGAGGAGCACCUCCAGCUCACCCUAAAGAAAGAGGAGACAUUGAAUGAGGAUAAACCAUUCGCCCCAAAUCCCCUUAACUCAGACUGCCACACAGCUACGCCUGACCUCGAUAAUAACGUGUGUCCACAGCCUGAGCGGAGACAUCCCAACCAACCACAGUCAGAAAAACCUGACCAUGAGCCAAGUGGUCAAGCUGACGGUUCCCUCCCUAAGACCCCCGAUCCGCACCACUGGGAAACCAAUGACGGCAAGCAUGGGUAUAGCAGUAAGCCAAGCACACCUGGCACGCCGUUAGCAAAUGACACUGACAGUCACGGUUAUGGGCAUGGUGGGAGGGUUGGGAAGGUGCUGCCCAUGUGUAAGCAGAGCCCCCCAUCAGUGCCACUGGACUCGACCGAGUCUCUCAAAGACUCCCCCAGUAAGAACAGAGAGGUAAAUCAGUGUCCGUUGCGCUUGGCAACAGCAUACUCCAAGGACAGUCUGGGGGUCAUGUCCCCACUAGCCAAGAAGAAACUCCUCUCUCAAGUCUGUGAGACAAAUCAUUACUCGUUCAGUGCCCCUCCCCUUCUUCCUCCCGCUCCGUCCGCCAGUGCGGUUAAUGUGAGUGACAGUUAUUUUGAAGAGGUGGUGAAACUGAGGCAGGACUCCCUCCCGGAAAGCCCAGAGAUGGCUCCUGUCUUCAGGCCCUCAGUCAUCCAGCAUGCCCAGAGCAUCAAACCCCACCAUGAGAGGAGUCCGCUGGGUAAUCUCUCUGAGCCAUUCACUUGCAGACUUAGCCACUUCCCACCCCGACUCAACCCCCCCUGGCACUCGUACCUCCACAGGAUUGAGCCACAGGAUGGAGUGGAGAAUGCAGGGGAGAGACCGACGCAGCACCAUCCCAGUCCGGUGUCAACUGGCUAUGGAGGCGACUGCUACUCUUCCCCACACCUGCACAACCUCUAUCGGCAGACCGAAAACUGUCUAAGUCAAGAGCGUAUGUCCAAUUACCCCAACACGGACAAACAAGGUACGUUUAUGGGGGAAUGUCAGAGCACUGAGGUCUUCACCUCAAACAGUCCUGACAGGGAUGGUUUAGCUUACAGACCUCCCCACUUCUCUGAGAGGACACCUGGAGAUAGACCACUGGACGAGGAACCUCAAGAUUUCAGUAUUUCCAAGCAUGGCUCUCAGAGAAUGUCUUUCACUAAGCCCUCUUUCUGUGACCUCCCAUAUCCCAUGAUGCACCAUAGUUUAGGUGGUCAUCCCAAAGCGUGCAGAGUCCCCCCCAUGACUACAUCUACCCCCAAACAGAAUUUGGACCCCCCUCAACCCUCCCUCAACCCUAAAGGCCAUGCUGAAACUGUUGGUGCAUCCAGACCAAGUAAGAGAAGCCUUGGGGAACUUGAGAAUGAGGGCUUGCCAGAACGCAAGGUGCGAGUGGUUACCCCGAAGCACCCAGCCGACUCUGUCCGCAGAGGGGACCCCCAGGGAAAAGAGCUCAAACCAGCUGAACCUGCGCACGGCAUCCAUCUCCACAGCCAUGAGGGCCACACAUACCCUCCCCACGCGCCCUUCUACCCCGGAAUGUACUCUGGGAUGCCGGACAGCCUCCGUCACAACCUUCAGUACCUAAAGAGCCAGGCCGCCGUGUCCCCCUUAGUCCCUCCGCUAACCUUCCAUUCCAUUAUGCUACAGAGGCAGCUGAUGGUCUCACAGCCAAGCCCCCAGCACUUCUACAGGUAUCCUGGAGGGGCAGCCCUAUACGGGGACAUCCUGCAACACCUCUACCCCCUAACCACUCUCACCCCAGCACAGCUGUCCUCCAUGCACCCCAGCACCAGACUCUAACAGAAAGACCCACAUGGAGCUUAACCAUGUUUCUCUGGGAUAGUGGAUCUUCUGGUUCUAUUCUUUGGAAAGCAUCACAACACUGGUUAGCUGUACAUGGUGGAUUUUGUAAGGCACUCAGUAAUUAUUAUUAUUUUUUACUAGUCUCUGGGACAGUGGAUCUUGUGUUCUAUUGCUAAGAAAGCAUUACAACACUGGUUAGUUGUAAAUGGUGGAUUUAGUCAGGCAAAGAGUUACAUUUACAUUCUCUGUUCGUUUUCCUUUAUGGCAUUGUGCUGUUUCACAACUUAAAUUACUUUAAGUUACACUCAAAUUACUCUCAAUUUGCACACUCAAUUUGUAGUAUUUGUGUUCACUUAACAGUCAGGUUCAUACUAUAUUUUGAAUGUGGUAGAAGAGAAAAGGGCAUUUGAUGCAUGUUGCAGAUAAUCAUAUUUGCUUUGUCUUCAGUGGAUUAAACAGCUGAAUUGAACAGCUUCAUCCUCUGUUAGGUUCUAGCUUUGGAUUUUAUAGACGGAAACACUAAAAAUAAACUACAAUUAUUUUCAGGUUUACCAUCAGAAAUGUUAUGGCAAUGUUUUACAGAUCUCUAUUGUGGUGCUGGGACUAGUUUGUGUUACUUUAAGUACACAACCUUACAUUUUAAUAAUUUAGCUGACACUUAUCCAGAGUGACUUACAGUAGAGCAGAUGUAGGCGAGUCAGGUUUUUUGUCAAAUCUUCAGAUAUUAAGCUAUGGGAGUUUCAUUUUGGAUAUCUGUUCCAAAGUAUUCCUACAAAUAAAAUGAGACAUUGUGGUUGUGUGUAAAUGUAAUCAAGGAAUGAAAUUAUUUUAAAAUGUAAUUUGGGGUUUAGUUGCAGUUCUUUUGCUGUUUACAAAUUAGUUAUUAGAAUUAUAUUCCGGCCUCCCGACCAUCCAGUCUAACAAAAAUUGGCUUACAGCUAGAUCUAGUAGCCUACAACUGCAGUACGGAGUGCAUACGUUUUAGGAUUUUCAUAUUAUUCCCCACUAGUAAUCAAAUCCACAACCUUGGCAUUGCAAGCACCAUGCUCAAACAACUAAGCCCGAACCAACAACCCUGGCAUUACAAGCGCCAUCUAUUAUCAACUAAACCACACACUUCACCUGUAUUCUUAGGAAUGACUGUGUUAAACUAUGGUGCUGUAUAAAACCACAAGGGUUUGAGGUCUUAUAUGUACAUAGGUUCAUUUUCAACAGAACACCUAAACUGUGAAAAAACACUUUUUUUUCAGGUUUUUAUUUGUCAGAAACUCUCUUUAAAUGUUUUGUUGACCCCUGAGAGAUGGAAAGAUGGCACAUUCAUAUAUUAAACAGAAAGUAUUUGUACUAUGCUUAUUCAAAUCUAAGUCACUGAUGCUGCCUACUUCGACAUCUAAAAGCUAAUUUCUUAACAUUCACUCUUGUUUAUGGCUGUUUACCUCCACCAUUUAACAGGAUAUUGUAUGAUAAAUAUGAUUGUGUUGUAGAUCAUUGCUUUAUGAAUAUCUGUGCCUUUCUUAAUCUUUGAUUAGGGAUUGCAGCACCAGUAAUGGUUCUAUUCUUUUUUGUCACAUUGCAUUGCAAACUCCUGCAUUUGACUUCAGUUACAAGUACCAUAGUUGCCAUUUAGCUUAUGGAUAAGCACUGGUGUAGAUAAAUACUAGAAUACAUUAGAAAAGAUUGAGCCACUUCUAGGCACUCCGAGCAAUAAGCUGGGUGUAGUGCCGAAGGACUAAUAGGACCUGGUUUGGGUUUAAAACCAUUACUGCUUUCAAUGGGUAUUUGGGAUUUAUGAAAUAUAGAUUAUGCAUUUGUUGUUUAAAAAACGAAUCAAGAGGUUCAGCAGAUACGAAAGCAUUAAUUCACAAUGACAUCUUCACAAUUUCACUAUGGUUUCAACAGAAUCAUUAAUAGUUAUUUAGGCUCCAUUAUCUUUAAACACAUCCUCUGGCAAAUUCAAUCUCUAACUGUAAAUAAUACUGUAAAUACUGUUGACUUAUUCUGACAUCAGUUAUCAUGAGUAAUAUGUUAACCUGUAAACAAUAUAAUGCAUAUAACUGGUUACACAAUCUAGAUGUGUUAAAGAAUCCCUUACUAUUAGAUCUGAACACAAGUUAGGACACCGUUAUUUUGUUUUGUGUUCUUAUUUGUCCACAUUUUUGUUCUUUGGUGUUUUUGAUACAAUGUGCCAUCUGUAAACCAAUCAUUCAGCUGGCAAACAAGACAAACAUUUUGUAUUAUAUGCUCCUCUGUAUAUUUAAUUAAAAUAUUUUACUAUC